AUGUGUCUGGCUCUGAGGUACCUGCACAAGGAAAAGAGAAUAGUCCACCGCGACCUCACACCAAACAACAUCAUGCUUGGGGAGAAGGACAAAGUCACCAUCACCGACUUCGGCCUCGCCAAGCAGAAACAGGAAAACAGCAAGCUGACGUCGGUGGUCGGCACCAUCCUUUACUCCUGUCCAGAGGUGGUGAAGAACGAGCCGUACGGAGAGAAAGCCGACGUCUGGGCUUUGGGCUGCAUCCUCUACCAGAUGGCCUCUUUACAGCCUCCAUUCUACAGCAGUAACAUGCUGUCGCUGGCCAGCAAGAUUGUCGAGGCCCUCUAUGAGCCGAUCGAAGAAGGAGCUUUCUCAGAGAGGGUCACUGACAUGAUCAGAUGGUGUUUGAGUCCAGACGCAGAGCAGCGGCCCGACAUUGUGGCCGUCAGCUCCAGGAUCUCUGACCUCAUGAUGAGGCUGAUGGACGGCCUCUACACUUCCCAGAAUACACUGGAAAGGAGAGCAGAGAGAGACAGGAAACGAGCGCAGAAGUACUUCCUGGAGAGGCACAAAAGCCAAACGGACUGCUGUCACCCGAGCCUGUCGCAGAUUAAACCCAAAAUGAAUCCAGAAACUCAAGUUCCACGCUCCUCUGCAGCCUGCAGGUCAAACUACAGUGAGGAAAACAUCAUUCAAGAUGAUGCCUCAGAUGGUGAUGUUGAACAAUGUGACACCACGGCUGCUACAAGAAAACACUACGAACUAAAGCCCAAAGUCUGUGUUACACCGCACCAAAUUCAAUGUGGUGGAGAUUACGCUGCUGCAAAGAUUAAACCACGACCAGUGUCAGCGGGGAUCUGCGUCUCCCAGAAGAAAGUUCGGCAGAUCGAUGAUCCCAUUCAGAGGCUCCUCCUGCAGCUGCACAAAAUUAUUUACGUCACUCAGCUUCCGCCUGCUCCGCACUACAACACCAAACGACGGAUCAUUGAAAGAUUUAAAAAGUCUCUUUUCCACUUUGGCAGCGAUCCGUGCAAUCUGAAAGUGGAGCUCAGUAAGCUCCUCCAGGCCUCUCCAGAGCUGAUGGAGUUCAGCUCAACCAGUUCAGACUGGUGGCCUCUAGUCCACCACUUUACAGGAGACCCAAAUUCUGCUGACAGCACAGGUGACGGAAAUCUUAAAGAUGGAGUCACAUAUCAGCAGAUGCAGGGGAUCAUCGAGGACCUGCUGGAGGAGAGCGGCUACUAUGAAGCAACAAACAACAGGUGA